AUGCUCAAUCUGAUGCUGUCAAUAUCGUUUUUGAUGUAAAGACAAACUCAAAUCCUGAAAGUCGUGUUGGCUUGAUCACAAUGGCAGGUAAACGUGCAGAACUUCUCGCUUCUCUCACUCAAGAUAUCGGUAAGAUGAUCGGCGCUCUUCAUUCUAGUCAACUUGGUGGUCAAUCCGAUAUUGCAAGCGGAAUCAAUAUCGCUCAAUUGGCUUUGAAACAUCGAGAAAACAAAUCUUUGCGUCAACGGAUUCUCGUCUUUGUUGGUUCACCAAUUCCCGAUUCAGAAGCUGAUUUGAUCAAAUUGGGAAAAAAGUUGAAGAAGAACAACGUUGCAGUCGAUAUCAUCAACUUUGGUGAAAUUGAAGAAAAUGAGGCAAAAUUGAACGCAUUUGUCGAAAACGUCAAUAGCGGAGAAAAUUCUCAUCUACUCACAGUACCGGCAAGUCACAAACUUCUCUCGGAUCAGAUCAUUUCUUCGCCCAUCCUGAUGGAAUCAGAUGGUGCGGGACCUUCAGGAUCAGGUGCUGCAGGAGGAUCGGGAACAUCCAAUCAAUUCGAAUUCGGUGUGGAUCCGAGCAUGGACCCGGAAUUGGCUAUGGCUUUACGCAUGUCUUUGGAAGAAGAACAAGCACGUCAACGAGCAGCUGAAGGGGGAAGUGCUCCGACUGAGCUACCAACAGUAUUAGAAAGUGCAAAUGAGAGCUCAACAGCCGCUCCAGAGUCAAAUGCAAAAAUGCCAAGUGCAGGAUCACUGGUCCUUCCCGGCGCAGAUGCAAUCACUGGUGCCGGGAAUGCUGCUUCAGAUGAAGGUGAAGAUGCAAUGCUACAACAGGCAAUAGCCUUGUCCCGCGGUAAUCAGGCUGGUGACAUAGCGGCAAAGGAAGAUGUGGAGAUGGACACAAAGAAUCAACAAGAAGAUGAGGAUGAAGAGAUGGACGAGGAAGAAGCAAUCGCACGUGCGAUUGAAAUGAGCCUAAAGGGUCAAGGUGAUCGGCCGGCUGGCGAGGGAAGCGGAUAGUGGUAAGUGAUUAUCUGAUGAGCAAUGAAAUUCAAUCUUUUAUCCUAAUUUGAGCACGUAAAUUAUGACAUGCUCGAUCGCUAAAUCAAAUGGUCAUCACACAUUCUCUUAUGAUAUGCUCGAUCGCUAAAGAAAAAUGUUCAUCACACAUUCUCUCCCGUCAUGAUAAAUAAAGCAAAUGGCAUACGUUUCCAAUACGAUCAAUAAAUUGAGUAUAAAGGGGAAUCCAGGAGGCUCGCGGCACGCUUAAAGCGGCGCAGAAGGUAAGGAAUGCAUCUAGGCAAUAACGCAGUUUGCUGGGGGACCACUUGGGUUUUCCUCUGUGUUCACUAGAGGUUCAAUUUGAACGACCUCUGCGGUCUUCUUUGCGCCAGU